ACAUCUUCCUGUUGAGAUAUUAUUAAAACCCGUACGUCAUUUGAUGUCAUUUCAAAACUCUGUGACGAAACCGUCAACGCGUCGAUGUUAUGGUCAGCUUACGUCCACUCAAGUGUCCUUAUUUCUCGAGGAUGUAAUUAAUAAACUCUGACUCCAAGAUCGUGCGUUUAGCUUCCCGCGAAUUAGUAGAGUGAGACUGAGUGAGAUCCAUAAAAUGGUCGGUCUAAUUUCGAGAUGGUCGGAAUAGGUAACGUCGAUGUAGAGACAGUCUGGUUUCGUUCUAGUUUGUGUAGGUAUAACGUGGAUUCGUUACGGUGACCGCGCACACCUCAGUCGCAUCCUGGCACCAGGCUACACCCAUUUUUCAUCCAUUUUUCAAGCCGGGAAUUAAUCGUGAAUCAUUCGGUUCUAGUGCAACAGACUGCAGACUUUUUCUGUAAAUGCGUAACGAGCUGAUUCCAUUUGAAACUACACAACGUUGUCACGAUCAAUUAUGCAGCUAGUAGUUCAGAACGAGCUUUCCAAUCCCGCCCGAAUUACUGGAGAGAAAAUAAUCUGUUACAUACAGAUGGUAUCCAAUGACUACUAAUAACAUCUCUGAAAUUAGCACCUUACCAUGCGCAUCGGUGAAGACUUAGCUGUCAAAAAUGACGUGACAGCUCGCGCGUUUCGCUGCAGAAAUGUAUUUGUAAAAAUUUUCAGUACUCCAGAGCGUAACCAUCUUCGGUUUGCUAAAAAUCAUAAAAACAAUUUAAAAAAAAUGCUCUUCAAAGAAGAGGUCGUCUUACCGGACGACCCAAAAACCGUAUUUUAUGACAAGGGUAACGUGACCACGAGCGCUAGCGACGGGGUUAUAUUUCGAUGUGACAAUACUCCGUGUAAAAACGAUGCAAAGAGCGAGCGCUCGUCCUACGUCGAAAUAACCGAGUACAUCCUUCGGCCCUUGGAGCACAAUGACGCGAACCUCCAGAAAGAGGGUUUCGGGGACCAGAUCCAGGACGAAGUCCCGAUGCGUAGAAGUCUCUUCCCGUUCGUGGCUCCCUACGUGUUGUUUCACUCGAUAAAUUGCACGUGCCCAAAGCUGUCCAGCAGUAUCAGCAAGUUUUUGAAGUGGAAACUGAGCGGAGUAACACCGCGGAUAGUGAUUCGAACGCUUCGGAAGUCCGGAUAUCAUCUGGUUACCGAGGCGGAGGAGGACUGGUCAGGUAUCUGGGAUCACUCGGUGAAAGACGCGACGCUUUUCAAGAUGGUGAAAUCCUUCCAAAAGCUCAACUGUUUCCCCGGGUCACACAGUCUCGGUUGCAAGGAUCAAUUGUGGAGAAACUUUAGUCGGCUGCGGAGAGUUUUUGGUAAGGAAGAGUUCGGCUUUAUACCCGAGACUUUCGUCCUUCCCAGGGACAUAGGGAGGCUGAAGGAAGCGUGGAAAAGGAACCUCGGUGAGAGGUGGAUCGUGAAACCGCCGUCGUCGGGACGCGGACAAGGAAUCCGAGUUAUCGAUCAGUGGUGGGAAGUGCCCAAGUGGCACCUCGUUGUCGUCCAGCGUUACUUGACCAGGCCGAAACUGAUAAACGGAAGGAAGUUCGACCUGCGAGUCUACGUCCUGGCGACCAGCAUCGACCCCCUCAGGGUCUACGUCUACUCCGAGGGACUCGUGCGGUUCGCGUCCGUAAAGUACGUCGACAACUCAAAGAACCUCAACGACCGUUUCAUGCACCUGACAAACACCAGCAUCAACAAGUACAGUCCGAACUACGUUGUAAACGGGAACGCGAACUCCUGUUACGGGCACAAAUGGUCCUUCAGCACUCUGUGGGACUUCUUGGCGAGGGACAACGUCGACGUCAAGGCUUUGUGGGGGGACAUCAAGGACAUAGUCGUGAAGACGCUAAUCGUCGGAGAAGCGUCGAUGUGCGCGAAGAUCAGGGAGAACGUAGUUUCGACCUACGCCUGCUACGAGCUUUACGGUUUCGAUGUUAUUCUGGACGAGGACUACAAGCCCUGGCUUCUGGAAGUCAACACCUUACCCUCUCUGCAUACCGAUUCGUCCUUGGAUGUCGCCGUCAAGGCUCCGCUGAUCAGGAACGUUUUGAACAUGGUUGGAUACCAGCUGCCUGCAAAUAUGACUGUAUUCGAGGAGCGGCAACUGGUCAAGAAGUUUCGGUGUCCGAGGAUGCGCCAGGAUGAACGGAUCUACAGCACCAGUCUCGACGAGCAGGAGAAACGGAAGCAAAGCGAAUUCCUCAAGUCGCCGGAACGCGCAAAUUAUAUUUUCGCUAUCAUCAGGGAUCUGACUAGGGACGAUGUUCGGCAGCUCAUUCGAUACGAGGACGAAAUCACUCAGAUUGGAGAUUUCGAAAAAGUCUUUCCGACUUCGGAGAGUCACAAGUAUCACCGCUUCUUCAAAACUCAAAGAUACUACAACUUGCUGCUUGACGCCUGGGAGUUUCAAGCACGCAAAAACAGACGCGAGGGAAUCGAACGACUCAAGAAUUUGUGUGGAGAAAAAUUUCACUUGGAAACUACGGUUCUUCUCUGAUUUUCCGGUUGUUAUGUCGAAGUUUGUCCUUUUUGCAUAUAAAAACACAAGAAUAUGGAAUUUGUUUCAG